ACUGUUUCCAGAGGCUGCACCAGUUUGCAUUCCCACCAGCAGUGCAUGAGGGUUCCCUUUUCUCCACAUCCUCGCCAGCACUCUCUGAGGUGAUCAGACUUGAACUUCGAAUUUUAGUCAUAGGCAAAGAGUUGGGACCUCAUUUGUCCUUUUGAAAAAUUGAACAUCAGUCCACCAAUUUAAUUCCCUGGUGGGGAAAAUCCUGAGCAGUAAAAAAAGAACUCACAGCCCUGUGGCAAGGGACUGAAAAAUUCAGUCUGAUACAAAAUAUAGAACUCAAAUUCAAGGGAAAACCUAUCAAAAGAACAAAUAGGAAGCUAAAUCGGGACUCUUUCCCACCUUUGCUGCUCCUACACGCUAUAGACACUCCUCGUGGCUACGGGCUCAUACCCAGUUUUUAAAUGUCCCUCCACUUGUAGACUACACGCUGCCCGCUCGCUUCCUUUCACUAUCGACUUUCCCCAAUCUUGGCAGCACCUCCCGGUUCACGGUGCAUUUGGAAGGGCAGACGGGGGUUUUUCUAUCCAGCCCCGCUGGGUUUCGGUCACUGAGUGUUACUUUCAUGGACGUGUUUGCAGAAAAAGCUGUGUACGCAGGGUGGACGGGCGGUGGGGUGUGUGCGGUGGCUCCAGCCACCUUCGCCUCAGAGCGUGGCGGAGACACCCUGCACGGCCAGUCGACAGGCGCCCGCAGAACGUGCGCAGGUGGGCGAGGGCCGGUACCACUUAGCCCGGGCUGGGAGUGCGUCCACAGCUCCCUCCGCAGAAGGACUCCAAGGAAACAGUGGCCCCGCCCCCUUCCGCGUGGGUCCCGGGCGGCCCCGCCCAGCAGUUCCUGUCACGUGCUGCAGCGCCGCCCAAUCAGCGCCCGCUGCGCGCAGGCUCGCGAUUCAAACAGCGGCUAGGACGGUUCUCGCCGUCCCGCAGCGUCGCCGCCGCCGCCGCCGUGUGCGGGGCAUGGAGCACCGCAUUGUGGGGCCCGGGCCGUACCGGGCCACCAGGCUGUGGAACGAAACUGUUGAGCUUUUUCGCUCUAGGAUGCCAUUACGGAAACAUCGUUGUCGUUUCAAAAGUUACGAACAUUGCUUCACAGCGGCUGAAGCUGUGGACUGGCUACAUGACCUGCUGAGGUACAAUCAGAACUUUGGCCCUGAAGUGACCCGCAAACAAACGGUGCAGCUGCUAAAAAAAUUCCUGAAGAAUCAUGUUAUUGAAGAUAUCAAGGGCAAAUGGGGUCAGGAAGAUUUUGAAGACAACGGUCACUUGUACAGAUUUCCUCCUUCCUCACCCUUGAAACCAUAUCCAAAGAGGCCCCCAUACCAAAAGGAUGCUAUUAAAUUUCCAGAAUGGAAUGACCCCCCACCAGGCAUGUCACAAGAGAACAUCCCAGUAAGGCCACUUGUGAUGAAUUCUGAGAUGUGGUACAAGCGUCACAGUAUUGCUAUUGGAGAGGUGCCGGCUUGCCGCCUUGUCUACCGCAGACAGCUGACAGAAGCCAAUGUAGAAGAGAUAUGGAAGUCUAUGACAUUAUCACAUUUACAGAAAAUACUUGGCCUUGAUUCCUUAGAAGAAGUUUUAGACAUUAAACUUGUCAAGUCCAAGUUCAUCAUACAUAAUGUAUAUAGUGUGAGCAAGCAGGGAGUUGUUAUCCUUGAUGACAAAUCAAAAGAACUUCCUCAUUGGGUACUGUCAGCAAUGAAGUGUUUGGCAAAUUGGCCUAAUUGUUCAGAUUUGGAGCAGCCUAUGUACUUAGGAUUUGAGAAAGAUGUCUUUAAGACCAUAGCAGACUACUAUGGUCACUUGAAAGAGCCUCUGCUUACAUUUCAUCUUUUUGAUGCCUUUGUCAGUGUUUUAGGUUUGUUACAGGAGGAGAAAAUGGCCAUUGAAGCAUUUCAGAUUUGCUGCCUCCUCCUGCCACCUGAAAAUAGGAGAAAGUUACAGCUGUUGAUGAAGAUGAUGACAAGAAUCUGCUCAAAUAAGGAGAUGCCACCACUUGGUGAUGGCCUUGGCACCCGAACACUGAUGAUCCAGACAUUUUCCCAUUGCAUCUUGUGCUCCAAGGAUGAAGUGGACUUGGAUGAGUUAUUAGCUGCUAGGUUGGUAACAUUUCUGAUGGACAAUUACCAAGAUAUUCUGAAAGUCCCUUUGGCCUUGCAGACCUCCAUAGAGGAGCGUGUGGCUCACCUACGAAGAGUGCAGAUAAAAUACCCAGGAGCCGACAUGGAUAUCACUUUAUCUGCUCCAUCAUUUUGUCGUCAAAUUAGUCCAGAGGAAUUUGAAUACCAAAGAGCAUACGGCUCUCAGGAACCUCUGGCAGCUUUGUUGGAGGAGGUCAUAACAGAUGCCAAGCUCUCCAGAAAAGAGAAGAAGAAAAAAUUGAAGCAGUUUCAAAAAUCCUACCCUGAAGUCUACCAAGAACGAUUUCCCACACCAGAAAGCGAAGCACUUCUGUUUCCUGAAAAACCAAAACCAAAACCACAGAUGCUAAUGUGGGCACUAAAAAACCCUUUCCAACCAUUUCAAAGAACUAGAAGUUUUCGGAUGUAAUACUUUCACAGCCAGUGGAGAUCUCAGACGUUGUUUUGAAUAAAUGGGUGGAAGAAAGAGGAGCAGAAAAUACAGACUACUGAAAUAUAAAUAUGAUCUGACUUCAAAACAUGUUGAGUUGCCCAGCUGGCAUGGCUCAGUGGUUGAGCGUCAACCUAUGAACCAGGAGGUCAUGGUUCAAUCCCCGGUCAGCGCAUAUGCUUGGCUUGCCAGUUUAGUCCCCAGUGUGGGGGCGUGUAGGAGGCAGCCGAUCAAUGAUUCUCUCUCAUCAUUAGUGUUUCUAUCUCUCUCUCCCUCUCCAUUCCUCUCUGAAAUCAAUAAAAAGACAUUAAAAAGACACACAAAAAACCAUGUUGAGCCAUUAUCAGUAUUUUUCUAAAACUCAUUGCUAGAUUUAAAGUAUACAAAUCAGUUAAACAUUAUGAAAUAUAUAGUAAUGUUAACAUAUUUGUAAUCAUUAGAAAAUUCAAGGCUAUUUUUAUUUGUUGUUUUUCAUGGUGUUUGUGAAAUAAUUGUGUGUACAUCCUAUUUACUGAUGUCUUUGUUAUAACCAAAUCUUAGAAAUAGUGUAUAUACUUGAAUAAGAAGACACUGGGUACCAUUACUGUGAUGCUAUUGACUUAAUAGCCAAUUAUGAUAUUUCCUGUGUAAAUUCUGAUUUUCACUGUUACACAAAGAGUCUUAAAUGUCCUGUGUUAUGAUAUCUGUAUCUUUUAUUGAAGGUUUGUUGGCUGCUAUGACAGAUUUUACUAAAGCUGGUUCUUUUAUAACAUAUAUAUUAGUUGGUGUUUACUUGGAAGUGGAGUAGAUUUUCAUCUGACUGCAGUGGUAUAAUUUCAGUCAUGGCUAGAGAUGGAAAACUGAACAGGAUAAAUGCUUUCAUUCCCUUUAGACAUGUGAUUGUAAGUCAAAUCUUUGUUGUUUCAUGAAAAACACAAAUGGGUUAAGUAAAAUGAAACUACCUUCUUUAUAAAUAUGUUUCCCCUAGCUUCCUCAUUCUUCUGAAAGUAAAUAGAAUAUAAAUAAAUACUGUUUGGUUUUUUAAAAAUACUGUA